CCUAGUAACUUUAUUUUUUUCUUAUGUAUUUCAGGGUUUCGAAAAAACGAUGAAAUGAAAGCUAUGGAUGUUUUGCCAAUUUUAAAGGAAAAAGUUGCAUACCUUUCAGGUGGCAGAGAUAAACGCGGAGGUCCCAUCCUAACGUUCCCGGCCCGCAGCAACCAUGACAGAAUACGACAGGAGGACCUGCGGAGGCUCAUUUCCUAUCUCGCCUGUGUCCCCAGUGAAGAAGUGUGCAAGCGAGGAUUCACGGUGAUUGUGGACAUGCGUGGGUCCAAGUGGGACUCCAUCAAGCCUCUGCUGAAGAUUUUACAAGAGUCCUUCCCCUGCUGCAUUCACGUUGCACUGAUAAUCAAGCCAGACAACUUUUGGCAGAAACAGAGGACUAAUUUUGGCAGUUCUAAAUUUGAAUUUGAGACAAAUAUGGUCUCUUUAGAAGGCCUUACCAAAGUAGUUGAUCCUUCUCAGCUCACUCCCGAGUUUGAUGGCUGCCUGGAAUACAACCAUGAAGAAUGGAUCGAAAUCAGAGUUGCUUUUGAAGACUACAUUAGCAAUGCAACCCACAUGCUCUCUCGACUGGAGGAACUUCAGGACAUCCUCGCUAAGAAGGAGCUGCCUCAGGAUUUGGAGGGGGCUCGGAAUAUGAUCGAGGAACAUUCCCAGCUGAAGAAGAAGGUGAUCAAGGCCCCCAUUGAGGACUUGGAUUUAGAGGGACAGAAGCUGCUGCAGAGGAUUCAGAGCAGUGACAGCUUUCCCAAAAAGAACUCGGGGUCGGGCAAUGCAGACCUGCAGAGCCUCUUGCCCAAGGUGUCCGCCAUGCUGGACAGGCUGCACUCGACGCGCCAGCACCUGCAUCAGAUGUGGCAUGUGAGGAAGCUGAAGCUUGACCAGUGCUUUCAGCUCAGGCUGUUCGAACAGGAUGCUGAGAAGAUGUUUGACUGGAUCACACACAACAAGGGCCUGUUUCUGAACAGCUACACUGAGAUUGGGACCAGCCAUCCUCACGCGAUGGAGCUUCAGACGCAGCACAACCACUUCGCCAUGAACUGCAUGAACGUGUACGUCAACAUAAACCGCAUCAUGUCGGUGGCCAACCGCUUGGUGGAGUCGGGCCACUACGCCUCCCAGCAGAUCAAGCAGAUCGCAAAUCAGCUGGAGCAGGAGUGGAAGGCGUUCGCCGCCGCCCUGGACGAGCGCAGCACCCUGCUGGACAUGUCCUCCGUCUUCCACCAGAAGGCCGAGAAGUAUAUGAGCAACGUGGACUCAUGGUGCAAAGCGUGUGGCGAGGUGGACCUUCCCUCCGAGCUGCAGGAUCUGGAGGACGCCAUCCAUCACCACCAGGGCAUCUACGAGCACAUCACCCUGGCUUACUCCGAGGUGAGUCAGGACGGGAAGUCACUCCUUGACAAGCUCCAGCGGCCCCUGACUCCCGGCAGCUCCGAUUCCCUCACGGCCUCUGCCAACUACUCCAAGGCCGUGCACCACGUCCUUGACGUCAUCCACGAGGUGCUGCACCACCAGCGGCAGCUGGAAAACAUCUGGCAGCACCGCAAGGUCCGGCUCCACCAGAGGCUGCAGCUGUGCGUUUUCCAGCAGGACGUUCAGCAGGUACUGGACUGGAUUGAGAACCACGGAGAAGCAUUUCUGAGCAAACACACAGGUGUGGGGAAGUCUCUUCAUCGGGCCCGAGCUUUGCAGAAACGUCAUGAAGAUUUCGAGGAAGUAGCACAGAACACAUACACCAACGCGGAUAAGCUACUAGAAGCAGCAGAACAGCUGGCGCAGACCGGGGAGUGUGACCCAGAAGAGAUCUACCAGGCUGCCCACCAGCUUGAGGACCGCAUCCAAGAUUUCGUCCGGCGAGUGGAGCAGCGGAAGAUCCUACUGGACAUGUCGGUGUCCUUUCACACCCACGUGAAAGAGCUGUGGACAUGGCUGGAGGAGCUGCAGAAGGAGCUGCUGGACGACGUGUAUGCCGAGUCGGUGGAGGCCGUGCAGGACCUCAUCAAGCGCUUCGGCCAGCAGCAGCAGACCACCCUGCAGGUGACGGUCAACGUGAUCAAGGAAGGGGAGGACCUCAUCCAGCAGCUGAGGGACUCGGCCAUCUCCAGUAACAAGACCCCGCACAACAGCUCCAUCAGCCACAUCGAGACGGUGCUGCAGCAGCUGGACGAGGCCCAGGCACAGAUGGAGGAGCUCUUCCAGGAGCGCAAGAUCAAGCUGGAGCUCUUCCUGCAGCUGCGCGUGUUUGAGAGGGACGCCGUUGAUAUCAUCUCAGACCUUGAGUCUUGGAACGAUGAGCUUUCUCAGCAGAUGAAUGACUUUGACACAGAGGACCUCACAAUAGCAGAGCAGCGCCUCCAGCACCACGCGGACAAGGCUCUGACCAUGAAUAACCUGACCUUUGAUGUCAUCCACCAAGGGCAGGACCUACUGCAGUACGUCAACGAAGUGCAGGCCUCUGGCGUGGAGCUUCUUUGUGACAGAGAUGUAGACAUGGCCACUCGGGUCCAGGACUUGCUGGAGUUUCUCCAUGAAAAGCAGCAGGAACUGGAUUUAGCAGCUGAGCAGCAUCGGAAGCACCUGGAGCAGUGCGUGCAGCUGCGCCACCUGCAGGCUGAAGUGAAGCAGGUCCUGGGCUGGAUUCGCAAUGGGGAGUCGAUGUUGAACGCUGGGCUCAUCACGGCCAGCUCGUUGCAGGAGGCGGAGCAGCUGCAGAGGGAACACGAGCAGUUCCAGCAUGCCAUCGAGAAGACACACCAGAGUGCACUGCAGGUGCAGCAGAAGGCAGAAGCCAUGCUGCAGGCCAACCACUAUGACAUGGACAUGAUCAGGGACUGCGCCGAGAAGGUGGCCUCCCACUGGCAGCAGCUCAUGCUCAAGAUGGAAGACCGGCUCAAGCUGGUGAACGCGUCCGUCGCCUUCUACAAGACCUCAGAGCAGGUCUGCAGUGUCCUCGAGAGCCUGGAGCAGGAGUACAAGAGAGAAGAGGACUGGUGUGGAGGGGCCGACAAACUGGGCCCCAAUUCUGAGACGGACCACGUCACCCCCAUGAUCAGCAAGCACCUGGAACAAAAGGAAGCGUUCCUGAAGGCUUGCACACUUGCUAGGAGGAACGCAGACGUCUUCCUGAAGUACCUGCACAGGAACAGCGUGAACAUGCCUGGGAUGGUGACACACAUCAAAGCCCCGGAACAACAAGUGAAAAAUAUCUUGAAUGAGCUCUUCCAGCGGGAGAACAGGGUAUUGCACUACUGGACCAUGAGAAAGAGGCGGCUCGACCAGUGCCAGCAGUACGUGGUCUUCGAACGGAGCGCCAAGCAGGCUUUGGAGUGGAUCCACGACAACGGGGAGUUCUACCUUUCCACGCACACCUCCACGGGCUCGAGCAUCCAGCACACCCAGGAGCUGCUGAAGGAGCACGAGGAGUUUCAGAUAACCGCGAAGCAAACCAAAGAGAGAGUGAAGCUAUUGAUACAGCUGGCCGAUGGCUUUUGUGAAAAGGGGCAUGCCCAUGCGGCCGAGAUAAAAAAAUGUGUCACUGCAGUGGAUAAGAGGUACAGAGAUUUCUCUCUGCGGAUGGAGAAGUACAGGACCUCUUUGGAGAAAGCCCUGGGGAUUUCUUCAGAUUCCAACAAAUCGAGUAAAAGUCUUCAGCUCGAUAUAAUUCCAGCCAGUAUCCCUGGGUCAGAGGUGAAGCUUCGUGAUGCCACACAUGAGCUUAAUGAAGAGAAACGGAAGUCUGCGCGCCGGAAAGAGUUCAUAAUGGCUGAGCUCAUUCAGACUGAAAAGGCUUACGUAAGAGACCUCCGGGAGUGUAUGGAUACCUACCUGUGGGAAAUGACCAGCGGCGUGGAGGAGAUCCCGCCUGGCAUUGUGAACAAAGAGCUCAUUAUCUUCGGGAACAUGCAGGAAAUCUAUGAAUUUCACAAUAAUAUAUUCCUGAAAGAGCUGGAGAAAUACGAGCAGUUGCCGGAGGACGUUGGACACUGCUUUGUCACUUGGGCAGACAAGUUUCAGAUGUAUGUCACAUAUUGCAAAAAUAAGCCUGAUUCUACUCAGCUGAUAUUAGAGCAUGCGGGAUCCUACUUUGAUGAGAUACAGCAGCGGCAUGGAUUAGCCAAUUCCAUCUCUUCCUACCUUAUUAAACCAGUGCAGCGAAUAACGAAGUACCAGCUCCUUUUAAAAGAGCUGCUCACGUGCUGCGAGGAAGGGAAGGGGGAGAUCAAGGACGGCCUGGAGGUGAUGCUCAGCGUGCCCAAGCGGGCCAACGACGCCAUGCACCUCAGCAUGCUGGAAGGGUUUGAUGAAAACAUUGAGUCUCAGGGAGAACUCAUCCUGCAGGAAUCCUUCCAAGUGUGGGACCCGAAAACCUUAAUUCGAAAGGGUCGAGAGCGACACCUCUUCCUUUUUGAAAUGUCCUUAGUAUUUAGCAAAGAAGUGAAAGAUUCCAGUGGGAGAAGCAAGUACCUUUAUAAAAGCAAAUUGUUUACCUCAGAGUUGGGUGUCACAGAACACGUUGAAGGAGAUCCUUGCAAAUUUGCACUGUGGGUGGGGAGGACGCCAACCUCAGAUAAUAAAAUUGUCCUUAAGGCCUCCAGUAUAGAGAACAAGCAAGACUGGAUCAAGCACAUCCGGGAGGUGAUCCAGGAGAGAACCAUCCACCUGAAAGGCGCCCUGAAGGAGCCCAUCCACAUCCCCAAGACGGCUCCGGCGGCCAGACAGAGGGGGAGGAGGGAUGGAGAGGAUCUGGAUAGCCAGGGUGACGGCAGCAGCCAGCCUGAUACCAUUUCAAUUGCCUCCCGGACGUCUCAGAACACGCUGGACAGUGACAAGCUCUCCGGCGGCUGCGAGCUGACGGUGGUCAUCCACGACUUCACGGCCUGCAACAGCACCGAGCUGACCAUCCGCCGCGGGCAGACCGUGGAGGUUUUGGAGCGGCCCCACGACAAGCCCGACUGGUGUCUGGUGCGGACCACUGACCGGUCCCCCGCCGCCGAAGGCCUGGUCCCCUGCGGCUCCCUGUGCAUCGCCCACUCUAGAAGCAGCAUGGAGAUGGAAGGCAUCUUCAACCACAAAGACCACCUUCUCAGUUCCCAGGACAGCGUCAGCCCAGCCCAGCAGAGGAGGGGGAGCCUGGCCUCGCGGGGCUGGGGCCUCGUCCUUUCCCCUCAUCACCCCUACCCAGGAAAGCAGCAGCUCUGUGGAGAGUCAGGUGUUUCUCCGCCUUCACUAGAAGCCUGUGUGACCGAAGAGCGAGCUCCAGGCCUCCUGCAUUUCCCCAAGGAUACCUUCCCCAAGGAUACCGGGGGUGGCUUGAUGCUUCUGACUGCCCCCCCACCAGCCACCCGAAUCAAAAUCUGCCCCUUGGCUAUCCUUGGAAGAGCUGGGGAGAUAAGCUUCCUGUCAGGUCCACCCUCCCUGGGAAGGGGUCCCUCUGGCUGCCGCAGGCGGAGGGAGGCUUGGGAUUCGGAGCCUUUGGCCUCAAGUUGGCUCGGCCGCACCAUGCCAAACGGAAUUAAACCCCCCGAUCCCCUGGACUCGCUGUCGCCCGUCGUCGGCUCAGCCUACCGUAGCGGCGGGCAGCCCGGCACCUGCAAGUACUGGAUCCUCGACCUAGACUCGCUGUCUGUCUCCAGCAACGAUGCCAGCCCGCCCGCCUCUGUGGCCUCCCUCCAGCCCCACAUGAUGGGGGCGCAGAGCUCCCCGGGCCCCAAGCGCCCGGGCAACACGCUGCGCAAGUGGCUGACCAGCCCGGUGCGGCGGCUGAGCAGCGGCAAGGCCGACGGGCACGUGAAGAAGCUGGCGCACAAGCACAAGAAGAGCAGGGAGGUGCGCAAGAGCGCUGACGCCGGCUCGCAGAAGGACUCGGACGACAGCGCGGCCACCCCGCAGGACGAGACCGUUGAAGAGAGAGGCCGGAAUGAGGGCCUGAGCAGCGGCACGCUCUCCAAGUCCUCGUCCUCAGGCAUGCAGAGCUGCGGAGAGGAGGAAGGGGAGGAGGGGGCGGACGCCGUGCCUCUGCCCCCACCCAUGGCCAUCCAGCAGCACAGCCUGCUCCAGCCGGACUCACAGGACGACAAGGCCUCCUCCCGGUUGUUGGUCCGCCCCACCAGCUCCGAAACGCCGAGCGCAGCCGAGCUCGUCAGUGCGAUCGAGGAGCUCGUGAAAAGCAAGAUGGCGCUGGAGGAUCGACCCAGCUCCCUCCUUGUCGACCAGGGAGACAGUAGCAGCCCCUCCUUCAACCCUUCUGACAAUUCCCUUCUCUCCUCCUCCUCGCCCAUCGACGAGAUGGAAGAAAGGAAAUCGAGUUCUUUAAAGAGAAGGCACUACGUUUUGCAAGAAUUAGUGGAGACAGAGCGUGACUAUGUGCGGGACCUCGGCUAUGUGGUUGAGGGCUACAUGGCACUUAUGAAAGAAGAUGGUGUUCCCGACGACAUGAAGGGAAAAGACAAGAUUGUGUUUGGCAACAUCCAUCAGAUUUACGACUGGCACAGAGACUUUUUUUUAGGAGAGUUGGAGAAGUGCCUUGAAGAUCCAGAAAAACUGGGAUCCCUUUUUGUUAAACAUGAGAGAAGGUUGCACAUGUACAUAGUUUAUUGUCAGAAUAAGCCAAAGUCCGAGCACAUCGUCUCAGAAUACAUUGAUACUUUUUUUGAGGACUUAAAGCAGCGCCUUGGCCACAGGCUGCAGCUCACAGAUUUGCUGAUCAAACCAGUGCAGAGAAUCAUGAAGUACCAGCUGCUGCUGAAGGACUUCCUCAAGUAUUCCAAAAAAGCCAGCCUGGAUACAUCAGAACUGGAGAGAGCCGUGGAGGUCAUGUGCAUAGUCCCCAAGCGGUGCAACGACAUGAUGAACGUCGGGCGGCUGCAGGGAUUUGACGGUAAAAUUGUUGCCCAGGGCAAGCUGCUCUUACAGGACACAUUCUUGGUCACAGACCAAGACACGGGACUUCUGCCUCGCUGCAGAGAGAGGCGGGUGUUCCUCUUCGAGCAGAUCGUCAUUUUCAGCGAGCCACUUGAUAAAAAAAAGGGCUUCUCCAUGCCAGGAUUCCUAUUUAAGAACAGCGUCAAGGUGAGUUGCCUUUGCCUGGAGGAAAAUGUGGAAAACGAUCCCUGUAAAUUUGCUCUGACAUCGAGGGCGGGUGACGUGGUGGAGACCUUCAUCUUGCAUUCAUCCAGCCCAAGUGUUCGGCAAACGUGGAUCCAUGAAAUCAACCAAAUUUUAGAAAACCAGCGCAAUUUUUUAAACGCCUUGACAUCACCAAUCGAGUAUCAGAGGAACCACAGCGGGGGCGGCGGCGGCGGGGCCCCGGAGGACGGCCGCGCGCGGAGCGGCCUGGGCCCCCUGCCCUUGGGCAAGCCCCGGCCCGGGGCCAUCUCGCCUCUGAACUCUCCUCUGUCCGCCGCCUUCCCCUCUCCGAUCGGCAAGGAGCCCUUGCCCCCUAGCAGCCCCCUGCAGAAGGGGGGCUCCUUCUGGAGCUCCAUCCCCGCCUCCCCCGCCAGCCGGCCCGGCUCCUUCACCUUCCCGGGGGACAGUGACUCCCUCCAGCGGCAGGCGCACCGCCACGCGGCCCCCAGCAAGGACACGGACCGCAUGAGCACGUGCUCCUCGGCCAGCGAGCAGUCCGUGCAGUCCACCCAGAGCAAUGGGAGUGAAAGUAGCAGCAGUAGCAACAUCUCCACCAUGUUGGUGACACACGAUUACACGGCAGUGAAGGAGGAUGAGAUAAACGUCUACCAAGGAGAGGUCGUUCAAAUUCUGGCCAGCAAUCAACAGAACAUGUUUCUGGUGUUCCGAGCCGCCACUGACCAGUGCCCCGCAGCCGAGGGCUGGAUUCCGGGCUUCGUCCUGGGGCACACCAGUGCAGUCAUCAUGGAGAACCCCGACGGGGCUCUCAAGAAGUCAACAUCUUGGCACACAGCACUCCGUUUAAGGAAAAAAUCUGAGAAAAAAGAUAAAGACGGCAAACGGGAAGGCAAGUUGGAGAACGGUUAUCGGAAGUCCCGGGAAGGGCUCAGCAACAAGGUAUCUGUGAAGCUUCUCAAUCCCAACUACAUAUAUGACGUUCCCCCAGAAUUCGUCAUUCCCUUGAGUGAGGUCACGUGUGAGACAGGGGAGACCGUUGUUCUUAGAUGUCGGGUCUGUGGCCGCCCCAAGGCCUCGAUCACCUGGAAGGGCCCUGAACACAGCACCCUGAACAACGAUGACCACUACAGCAUCUCCUACAGUGACUUGGGAGAGGCCGCUCUGAAGAUCGUCGGUGUGACCACCGAGGACGACGGCAUCUACACGUGCAUCGCUGUGAACGACAUGGGGUCAGCCUCGUCUUCGGCGAGUCUGAGGGUUCUAGGUCCAGGGAGUGAUGGCAUCACGGUGACCUGGAAAGACAACUUCGACUGCUUCUACAGCGAAGUGGCUGAGCUUGGCAGGGGCAGGUUCUCUGUCGUCAAGAAAUGCGAUCAGAAGGGAACCAAGCGAUCAGUGGCCACGAAGUUUGUGAACAAGAAGUUGAUGAAACGUGACCAGGUCACCCGCGAGCUCGGGAUCCUGCAGAGCCUGCAGCACCCGCUGCUCGUCAGCCUCCUCGACACCUUCGAGACCCCCACCAGCUACGUCCUGGUUUUAGAAAUGGCUGACCAGGGACGGCUCCUGGACUGUGUGGUGCGGUGGGGGAACCUCACAGAAGGGAAGAUCAGGGCGUAUCUGGGCGAGGUUCUGGAAGCCGUCCGAUACCUUCACAACUGCAGGAUAGCACACCUGGACCUAAAGCCCGAAAACAUCCUGGUGGAUCAGAGUCUAGCCAAGCCAACCAUCAAGCUGGCUGACUUUGGAGAUGCUGUCCAACUCAACACGACCUACCACAUCCACCAGUUACUGGGGAACCCCGAGUUUGCCGCCCCCGAAAUCAUCCUCGGGAACCCGGUCUCCCUGACCUCGGACACGUGGAGCGUUGGAGUGCUGGCCUACGUGCUUCUGAGUGGCGUGUCCCCCUUCCUGGACGACAGCGUGGAAGAGACCUGCCUGAACAUUUGCCGGCUUGACUUUAGUUUCCCAGAUGACUACUUCCAAGGAGUGAGCCAGAGGGCCAAGGACUUCGUGUGCUUCCUCCUCCACGAGGACCCCGCCAAGCGUCCCUCGGCUGCGCUGGCCCUCCAGGAGCAGUGGCUGCAGGCGGGCCAUGGCCACGGCCACAGCAAAGGCGCAAGCGUCCUGGACACGUCCAGACUGACCUCCUUCAUUGAGCGGCGCAAACACCAGAACGAUGUUCGACCUAUCCGAAGCAUUAAAAACUUCUUACAGAGCAGGCUCUUGCCUAGAGUUUGACCUAUCCUGAAGUUCUUUCUCAUUCUCUUUCACCUGCCAAUCAGCUGUUAAUUUGAAUUGCAACGAGAACCACAAACCAACAGACCUGAUCAGCUGCCGUCCGUGCAUCGUGUGAAACUGUGAGCUGUGCUCGGGACUCGGGCUGCAAGCUGUGCUGGGGUGGAGGCCCUUCUCGCACAUUCUGCGAGAUUGGAGACAGCAUUGCUGUGUCACAGUCUUUUAUUCAGGUUUCUGCAAAAAAUAAAAAAAAAAAAAAAAGAUAAAAAAGAAACUUUUUUAAAUGAACAGGAAUCGAGUUUUGCAAAUUUAACAUUUUCCAAGAUUUAUUCAAGGAAGCGAAAUGCCUAUGUUCAACCACUGGUGUUAACAAACAAAACAGAGAUACUGGACCCCUCUGGGGAAGGACACCCCCCACCCCCAGCGGCGGCCAUCCCCGCGGCCUCGUCUGGAGCUCAGGGUCCACCUGGCUCUGAGCUUUUCCAGCUGCCUGGUCUGUGUGCCUCUCGCCGGGACGCCAGACUAGGCUUCUGAAAUGUGCAUUCAACCUCAAACUUUUGCAUAAAAAUAGAAUGAAUCGUUUUGCUCUGAUGAAAUGUAGGCCUUACUUGUAUAUAAGACUGGUCCUGCCUUCGGUCUGUCCCCUCCCCACCUGCCUUCCCUCCCGCUCCCUGCCCACCGGCUGGGGCUUCCUCUGGGGGUCAGUGGGGUCUGCCCAUCCACCACCGAGGAUAUCAGGGUGGGUCCUGCUCCACUGCCCCCUGCCCCCACGGCCCACCCCCAAGCCGUCAGUCAGAUUGUUGAGCAGUAUACAGUCAGAUGAAAAUACUGUAAAUGCACUCAUUGGGGUUUUUUUGGUUUUAUUUCAUAUCAUGUGCAAUGUUGUGGCUUUAACAUUUUAUGCAACUAUUUAUGAAGACCUCUGUUGUACCUGUAAUAAAUAUAUAGAAAAAGCACAUACUUCGUACGGUGAGCUUUAUGGUUUUGUGCGUGUGUCGGGGGUGGGGUGGGGUGGGGGGUCGUAGCCCUGUGCCAUCGGUUCAAGGAGACUUAACUCUUCGUGGAAUUUGUCAGUUUUGAGGACUGUAAAAAGUGAUUUCAUACUCUGAAUAUAAAACUGGAUAAUAGGGUAAUGUUUUAAAUUUUAUUAUGCUAUUAUUCAGAAUGCCAAAGUAUUAUUUUUUUUCCCAAAAUCAGUCUGGACAUUUCCUACUUUUUAGACUUUUUGACAUUCAACUUUCUGUACAAAAAAAAAAAAAUUGGCUGGAUUUUGAGCUUUUGGUAAGAAAUAAAUGCCAAUUAAGCACUAGCCGCCUUGAGGCCGGCGUUGCCGUCUGUGGCAGAGCUCACGCUGGUGUGGGAGGCCUUCCACAAAAGACGCUGGGUUUCUGGGCACGCUUGAAUUUUUCUGGAUGUCUUUUUAUCUUUGUUGUGUGAAAUCCACUUUAACAAAAAAAAAAAAAAAAAAAACCAGCCCGCUUUCCCAAGCCAGCCAGACACCUGGGUCUUCAGCCAUCAACUGGCUUAGUUAAGCUUUGCAGCUUCCGAUGUAUUUUAUUUAUUCUUUCGUUGGGUUUUUGUUUGUUUCUUGUAAAAUUGUACAGAAACUUUUUAAAAGAAAUUGGAUUCAGAACUGGAUGUGUAUUCGUAACCUCACAACUUUUAUUUGUGUGUUGUUUCAUUUAUUAUUUCAGUUCCAUUUUUACGUUAUUUUGCAUGUAUAUUUCUUUGUACAGAGACCUUCCGUGUUUACACAGUAUGAUGUGAUGUAAAUAUUUUAUUUUACCAUCAGUUAUUUUAAAAAAUUAAACAUAUUUGCCUGA